UCCAUCCGUGAACCCCUGCGAAUACCUAGCUCGCUAGCCAUGUCGUCGUCGUCCUUCUCCUUCUGGGGCGUGGAAUUAAGGCCCGGGGAACCCUACGUGCACCGCCACCCACCAUCACUCGGCCGCCUCUGCAUUACAAAGGCUGUACUAGUGAACAACAACAACAACAACAAAACUGCUGAAAGGGCCAUGGUGCAGUGCGUAAUCGGUAACGGUGCGCCGGUCAUCAUCUGUAGCCUCAACCCUGGAUUUGUCGAGAUGUGCCAUCUUGACCUGGAGUAUGAAGAAAACCACGAGGUUCACUUCUCGGUGCUUGGUGCGGCUUCUGUUCAUCUCUCAGGAUAUUACCUCAGGGGCUGCAACUGCCUUAUAAGAUACCCGGAGGUUGCGCCAGAAUCUCACGGAGAGGAUGUUGGAGCAGAGCAUGAGAGUGAUAGGGAAACUAGUGAAUCCCAUGGAGAUGGAGGGGAUGUUGGAGCAGAGCAUGAAAGUGAUGAUAGGGAAACUAGUGAAUCUCAUGGAGAUGGAGGGGAUGCUGGAGAAGAGUAUGAUAGCGACUGGGAGUAUCAUCAUGUCAGCGAGGACGUGAGCGAGGACAGUUUGGAAUCUGACCUUCUUGAUGAUGGUGACGUCGAAAUACCCGAUAACAACCAUCUUCUUUCUGAGUCUAUGGAUGAUGGUCAUAUGUACUCCACCCCUGAUCGCAGACAAGAGAAGCACCAAGUUGACAGCCUCGAUGUCAAUAUUGAUAGUUCUCCAUACAAGCCUGCUGUGAGUCAAAUGUUUAAUAGUGGCAGUGAAGACAAAGAUUCUGUAGCCCAAAAUGAAGAAAAAAGCAUGAACAUGCAUGUUUCUUUGCCUAAGAACAGCAACGUCAAAGUUUCUGAUGAAAAUGUUACGUCAAAUGAUGAGACCAAGAAAGAAAUUAAUGGUGCCAGGAAAAGGAAAAAUGAUGCAAUCAAUCAGGAUUUGGCAUCGCCGAUGAAAGUAACAGAGGUCAAUGGAUCAUCGAUCCGAGAACCAGAACCUGAAAAGAAAUCCCUACUAGAGCCGGAAUAUGAAAACAAUUCCAACAAUACAAGAACUUUGGAAGCUGGGCUGAUCAUAGAAGAUCUGCCUGCAGGAAACAAAGAGAUGCAGAGGUUUUCUUGAGAUGGCAAGAAGGGGGAAUUUCUACAUGAUUGACCAAGAAAUUCAACAAUCACCUACGAAGUUGAGUUGGUGAAAGUCCGAUGGACUUUGCUACUAUUUUAUCAUGCCAAGGAUGCAACACUGGGGGUGGAUUUUUGUCUGAGACAGAGAUGGAGUAUGAAUAGUUUGUUCCAGCACGUUGCUUAGUCUAUGAUUUCUUCUACAGAAUAUUCUCUGUAGCAAACCUUAAUAAAUUAUAGGUGAAGAGCGUCAAAGAUUGAUUUGAUGAGCAUUUCAGUUAUUAGCAGAAAAAGUACUUUGUUCUCGUGUUAUAAAUAGAUUCGUCGCCUGUUCAUGGCCUUUUUCAUUUGAAUAUUGGGGCUUCCUUGGUCCGAAGCUUUUGUUAUGUAAUUUGUCAAUCAAUAAAAU